AUGGACAGAUUCACAAAAAUCAACGAGGCUUACGAAACGUUGGGGGACCCGGAAAAGCGAUCUCUCUACGACAUGCACGGGUACACAGUCACUCAGGAGGAACCACACCCUCGCAAGAGCAGUAGCAACAAUAACCGCGGAUAUACGAAUUUCAGAUCGGGUCCGUUUGGAUCUUACAACUUGAUAUCGGGAGCCGAGUCGAUUAUCGACAAAUAUAUGAUAACGCAGAGGUUUUACGAGACCCGCAUCCAAUUAGAGAGCUUUCGCGUACCUUAUUUCAUAUAUGCUUACGCCGACGGGUGUCUCAUUUGUCUCCAUUACGAACCCUUGAUAGAAAAACUGAUUAAGGAAAUUGUCAAAGUCGGAAUAGGGAUUGGAACCAUCCAUGUUUCGUCCAACCGAGCACUGGGCAGCAACCUUCGAAUCAAUGAAGUGCCCCAGAUAAUGGCAGUUGUCAACGGACGCAUCACCUACUUUAAACGUCAGGUUUCGAUGCAGAAUCUCCGGGAUUUUAUCCGUAACCUCUUCCCGCCCAGUACAAUCCAGUUGAUAACCGAUAAGAAUUUUGACGAAUUUCUUCAUUCCUGGUCGGACAAUCGGAUGCGCGCAUUGUUUUUCAGUCCCAGAGAGAAACCUCCCUUACGCUUCCUAAUGCCAGCUUUCAGUCGACGGGAAAAGAUCGCAUCCAGGUUCGUGAAUACGCGGAGUCCCCUAGUGGAAGGUAUCCUGCGUAGGUACAACGUGAACAAAGCCAAAGAUACUCUCCUGAUGGUUGGUGAGUCUAGCAAUUCCACUGUUGCCGUAGUUACUAUGCGUACUUUGUCCAAGGGUAGCAUUGAUGAAGUAAUGGAGGCUAACCAGUACCUCACCCUGCCCCGUCUCUCAUCACAGGUAUUCUUUGAUGAGCUGUGCCCAGUUGAAAUCCGGGUCAAACGAAGAAAGCUCUCACUCAUCAUCCUCCUCCUCUCUUUCCUACUUUCUUACUCCUUAUUUCUCCUCUUCCUACUCCCCAACUUGUCUUCCCCAACUCCCAGCAUUUCUUUUUUUCUUCCUCUCUUGAGCACUAUACCUACAGCUCUCAUUAUUUACUUCUUCUCUUCCCACUCCUAUCAUUUGUUAAUCUUUUUCCCUUCCUCUCUUCAGCACUUUACCUCCUCUUCUCUCUCCUCUCCCCAUUCCUAUAAUUUCUUUUCUUUCUAUCUUGAUACUUUACCACCUCCUCACUCUCUUCCCCUUCUCUAA